GCUUGAGCCCAACAUGGCGAUGCACAACAAGACGGCGCCGCCGCAGAUCCCAGACACCCGGCGGGAGCUGGCCGAGCUGGUGAAGCGGAAGCAGGAGCUGGCGGAAACACUUGCAAACUUGGAGAGACAGAUCUAUGCUUUUGAAGGAAGCUACCUGGAAGACACUCAGAUGUAUGGCAAUAUUAUCCGUGGCUGGGAUCGGUAUUUGACCAAUCAAAAAAACUCCAAUAGCAAAAACGACCGGAGGAACCGGAAGUUCAAGGAGGCCGAGCGGCUCUUCAGCAAAUCCUCAGUCACGUCGGCUGCUGCAGUAAGUGCCUUGGCAGGGGUUCAGGACCAGCUCAUCGAAAAGAGGGAGCCAGGAAGUGGAACGGAAAGCGAUACUUCUCCAGACUUCCACAAUCAGGAAAACGAGCCUGCGCAGGAGGACCCCGAAGACCUGGACGGUUCUGUUCAGGGAGUGAAGCCUCAGAAAGCUGCCUCUUCCGCCUCCUCAGGGAGCCAUCACAGCAGCCACAAAAAACGGAAGAAUAAAAACCGGCACAGAAUGAAUGUCUCCCCCCAAACUGGCUGGCACCAGCUCCAUCUGUGACCCCCCCCCUCCAUCGAGAAGUGCACACACCUCUGAUUCUGUGUUACGCUAAAAGUAGACCCCAAGGUCCUUAGCAGAUGGAGGCUGUAAAUAUCUGCCAUUCUCUUGUUUUGUUUUGUGUCGUAUUGUUUUUUUAUUGUUGUUUUUACCAUCUGAUUUUCUUUUGGGACAUUUUGUGAUGCCUGUACCUUCCCGAUGACACAUCUGAUCGUCUGUUUCAUGUGGUGUCGAUAUUCAUAACUGAAACUAAAGUGGCUUUUAGAAGGAAACGGGCACUUGGCUCUUUGGCUUCUUGAUUUCUUCAGGGGAAAGUAGAGAUUAUUUAAUGACAGACGGCCUAUUCGGAGCAGUUCAUGUUCGAGGAACAAGAAAGCUGAAAAGCACACACUGAAGCCCUCUCGUUGAAAUAGACAUUUCCCUGGUUGACACUUCUUGCAUUCCUCCUAAACCUGAGCUUCUUUCCUCUCUAUUUUACUACUACCAUGCCUGUCGGAGAUUUUCUUUUUCCAUCUUUUCUCUUUUUGCUGAUAUUCACCUGGUUAGAUAUUGCUCUAAAAAUCACCAAGUCAGUGGAAAAGCCCAGAAUUACUGAACCUCAGCUUCCACUGAGUAAAGUGAGAUCCUCACAAGAGCCAGCACUGCUCACAGAUGUCCUUCCCCGAAGAGCUCCAUGCCCCAUCCUUGUGUCCUUGGCUGCACUUUGCAGUCACUUGGGGAGCUCAGCCCAGUGCUGAUGCUGGGAUCCCAACCCCAGAACUCUAGGGUAUGCCUUGGUGUUGAGGUUCUAAAGAGUCCAAGCUGCUGGAAGCCACUGUGGUAAGAGACUGAGCCAUACAGAACUGGAUCAGGAUGAGGGUUAAGAUUCAGGGUCUUGCCUGUCCUCUGAUGGUCUAUUCACAAGUCCUCUCCUAUGCCUGGGUCUUUGUAGGAGACUUGAGCCUUUGUGGUCAUGUUGUUGGCAGAGAUGGCUGGCCUCUUAACCAGAAUCACCCUGUCAGAUGUGCAAAAGCCUUUCAUUUUGUUCUUAAACAGACUCCUUUUCUUUGAUGAUUUCCUGAUCUUUGGCUAUGUCUUUUGUCAGCGGUUCUUAAGGAAGUAGUUUAUUAGUUUAUAUUAUGUAGAUUGUUACUUGAGAAGGAAAAUCUCAGAAGCAUUUCGUUAGUUUAUUGCUUUGUCCUUAACUCUGAGGAAAGCGUGUGACUCUAAAACAUCUGGACCUCCACAGUUGACUGUGCCCUGGAGGGAUAGUGGAACUGCUCAGUAGAAGGUGUAUUAUUUAUUUACUACAGUGCAGAGAGUUGGACACAGCCCCCCCCCCCCCAACACACACACAUGCUAGGCAAGUGAUCUACCACUGAGUACACUCCCAACCCCUGAAGGUGUGGUAUGCAAUAACAUGUCUGUGUAUGUAACUGACCCCGGGUGUGUGUAGAAGACUGGCUUGUGGGCUAUUGUUUUAUGCCUCCCCCCAUCCCCAACCUCCACCCUGUAAAGUUUAACUGUUGAUUGGGUCUUCUAGUUUUCCUGUAAACUGGACAGUGGUACUCAGGCUUUGAUAAAUUACUUACUUUUCCUGUUUCUGAGUAGCUUCGAACAAGGGCAUCAAGGAUACCAGUGGUUAGCUCAAUGACAGAGUAAUUGUCAAGCAUGCACAGAGUCCUGGGGGUUGACCCUCAGUACCGUAUGAUCCUGGACACGGUGGUGUAUGCCUUUAGUCCUAGUUCUCAGGAGGAUCACAAGGCAAGGGUCAUCCCUGGCUACGUAGGGAGUUUGAGGUUCGUUUGGGCCACAAGGAACUUUACUGUAAAAACAAAAUACCAACUCCAAUAAACGCUGACACUAGCUUUAUCAACCAUGUUUAUAGUUCAUGGAAGGAAUGAGUGAGUGCUUGCUUACACGCAGGAAUUUUUAUCUCAGUGGGUAGGAUUGCCUAUCGCUGCAGCCAGCAGUCCCUACACUGCAGUGGCAUCUAAGGCCCUUACGUGUUGUGGGAGGGACUAGUUAGUUAGCCAACUCCUGAGUCAGGUGUGACAGCGCAGGUCUGUAAUCUUAGCACUUGGGAGGUGGAGGCAGAGGAGUUCAAGGCCAGCCUAGGCCAUUAGCAGCUGGCCUGGGUUGGAGCCAGCUGAGAAGCAACAGCUGAUUCCAGAGAUGCCCCUGUCCUCCAGAAAGACAAAGGAAAGGCGUGGGGGGCAGCUCACUAGCUGCUGCAGCUUGUUGCUCUGUGCUUCUCUCUAACUCAGGAAGAGCUCACCCUUGGCCUCUGGUAGUUGUAAGACAAAACCUGGCCUUUUGUGAUAACUUCUUUGCCCACUACUUGGAGGACAAGUAGCUUUACUCUAGUGCAAAGCUUCAUGAGUCAAGAGUACUAUUCCAAGGACUGAGGAAGGGGCCGUUCUGUUUAAAGUCAUGUUCCAGCAUGCUGAGGUGCAUGAGGAGAUGGGGAGCAGGACCAGCCCAUGGGUUAGGAGCCUGCAGGAGGGGCCUUAGGAAUUGGGACAAGCACAGUGUGGGGCCAAGAGCUACGCUUUCAAAGCUGCUGUUUUGACCCAGUGAGGUCCCAUGUCUCAGGAGCCUCAGGACACCAGGAGAAAGGCAUCCGUUACUGCACAGGUUAAACCAUUUUUCCACACUUGAGUUUGUACUGUUUGCUUUCAGGGAAAACCUUUUGUUCCAAGAGUAGGAAACAGGCAGUGGGGUCUUCACCUGAAAACAUGAGCCUUUGUUCUGGGGCACAGCAAGUGGAGAGAGUGGUGCCCCCGUCUCCACACUUGCAGUAUAAAGGAAGGACUAAGGAGCCCGCGCUUGUAAGCUGUCGGCCUGUGGUUUUAAAACACUCUCUAGCUUGGCUUUUGCUCCUAUUUGGACUUUCCAACCCUCAGCCUUAUUCCAAAUCACCAAGGCAUUUGCACACUUGCAGAUCUAUUCAGAAGCUAUGACUUGAUGUUCUGGUAGAAGGAGGUAGAAGGCAGUGGCCUGUACAUUACUUCCUUUCAACACAGACUGUCUGAAUAGUGCCUAGGAGGGCUGUGUGUGUGUGUGUGUGUGUGUGUGUGUGCAGGUGCCCUUGCAUGAAAGUGUGUGAGGGGAGGGUAUCCUGGUCUAACCCAGUGUUCAAAAUGGGUGUUCCAGGUCUGGAUUUGUGGGGUUAGCCUCAGGAUUUGAAGCACAGGUUUCAUUUUGAGAACUGUUCUGUGGAGUCCGUCGUACCGUGGGUCUGAAAGGAAGUAGGGUGUGGCAGCGGGGGUGUCCAAGGGAGAGUGGGCGUGGAAAGGCUCAGGAUGUGGGAGGAAAAGAUCAGAUCUUUGAUGCGUUUCCACUUGGGACCUCAGCCCUAUGUAGUUCUUUACUUUGAAUAUGUUGUGUAAUACACGUAAACAUUAAAUCAUUAGUACAUGUGGAUAAUUUAUAAAUAAAUAUUAGGUUGAACCACAA